UGACCAUUAAUUAAAUUAUUUUUAGUUAUGUGAUCUAGUUUGAAUGGUUAGCUUUUACUUCACAUUUAGUUUAGUUUUUAGACUUCUUUCCUAAGUCUUGGAAAAUCUGAUGUGCUCUUGCACCUAUUUGUAGGGCUGCUAUAAAUAGGCCCCUGUUGGCAACACAUGCGUCUCUAUGAUAGGCAGUUACAGAGAUUUUCUUCACAGACUCUGGCUCGAAAGCAACACUGACAACAUCUCAAUGGUUCUGUUACCAUUCUGAAGUGUUACUUAUUUUCUUCUCCAGGGGCUUUUACAUGGAUAACACCAUUUAAUUUGAGCCCUGGACUUUGACAAACUGUGGACGUGAACACGGAGUAGUUUCAUACUGUGGGUGAUACAUUUACCUUUGGAUUUGACAUUUGCUGCGAAUUGCUUUAGUGGACGAUGACUUCCAGAAGGCCAAUGACUCGCUCUUACUCUGCUAAUGGGAGGACAAGCAGCUUCAGUGAAGAGGAGGGCAGCUCUUCCAAUGGCCGCACAGAAAGCCGCAAUCCUUACCUCUCAAAUGUUAGGCCUGAAAACAGCUAUUCAAGGUAUUCUCACUACAGGCCAACGAGGAGCACAUUGUGCAGCGUCAUGGCUCAGCUGACCGAGGAUACACAGCCGUCCUUUGAGACCACCUUGAAAUCAAAGGCAGUGUCGGAAAACUGUAAUGUGAAGUUCAACUGUGUGGUUUCAGGUUACCCAGCUCCAGAACUUAAAUGGUAUAAAGAUGAUAUGGAAAUGGACCGGUAUUGUGGACUUCCAAAAUAUGAAAUUCAUCGUAAUGGAAAAACCCACACCCUCCAUAUUUACAACUGCACAUUGGAUGAUGCAGCCAUCUAUCAGGUCUCAGCCAGCAAUAGCAAAGGGAUUGUCUCCUGUUCGGGAGUUUUGGAGGUUGGCACCAUGAACGAGUUCAAGAUCCACCAGAGGUUCUUUGCCAAGCUGAAGCAGAAAGCAGAUAAGAAGAAGAAAGAUCAGGAGGAGCAGACCAAGAAGGUGGAUAAAGAAAACAUUCAGAAAGAGAAACCGCAGUGUAGCCCAGAACGUCCUCAAAGGAAGCGGCACAUCCCACCACCAGAGGAGAGGCCAGCGGUCAAGGAACCUGAGGCUGUGGAACAACUGGGAGCUGCUGCAGUACCUAAUGGUAUUAGCGCUGAAGUCAAGGAAACAGCCCCUAUGACAUCCAAAGACCUGGAGCAGGAGAUAUCGCCAGUUGAGGAAACUAUGGCCAAAAAGAAAAUAAAGAUCUUAAAUUGUGUAGAUUCUGGGGGUAGCACCAGCGACAGCAGCAAUGGCAGAAGCCAUAUGAUGGGAAAUGGAGGGGAAAACUGUUAUGAUGGAGGAAUUGGUCUGGCACAAUUUCUGGCAGAGACUCUCCAGUCCCAGGCUGCUGAGGAGAAACAGAACUCAUCUCGAGGGGAGAAACCUAAAGAGAUGGAUAUACCUACUGUAAGUGCCAGCAGAGAGAAAGAGAGAGGGCAAGAGGGGAUGCGAGACGUGAAGGAAGAACAAGAAAAAGCACUUGAGGGAGAGUAUGAGAGAGAGAAAAGGAGAGAAGAAGAAUUGGCCAUAGAGAGGGAGAAAGAAAGGGAAAGGCAGAUGGAGAUGUCGCAUACAGUACCCUACACAAAACAUGGUUCCGGAGUCAAACAUCCCAGCAAGGCUCAUAAGGAUCACGACCACCACAACAUCCAGGCUUCCAUCUCCUCUGUGCUCCACACAGUCAAAGACUUCUUCUUUGGUAAGAGCAGGAAGGACUCUCAUGAUCACAUUGAGAACAAGGAGAGAGAGUUUGACCACUCGCCUGCUUCAACGCCGCCAUCAUUUCGGCUGCAACCAGAGCAUAAUCAAGUGUGCAAUCCUCUAACGGAGGACAUUGUGCCUAUGGAAAUAGAUACACUGAAGGAGCUUUCAGAAACUAUUGAUACAGAACAACAGUCAGUGUCACUGAAGCCACAUGAACAUAAGCAUGAAGACAGACACACAGACCUGCCACUAGCUCAUAAAUUGCCACCUGAGAGCAUAGAGGAGUCCACAGGGCAGAGUGUCAAGGCAGCCGAUGCUGUGGAGAAAAUAGAGGUGUCUGUGGGGCCAGAGAGCAACGGUCCAGGUGAAGAAAUGUCAUUGUCUGGGCUUCAAGUUCUCACUGAGGCUGAAGAGGAAGACUCUCAGAUAGCAGCAGUUAUCAAAGAGGUUCCCAUACACCAGCAAGAUUACCUCGUAGUUGCACCACAGUCUAAUCACCAGGCUGCAAGAGAUGAAGCUUUACUCAGGGAAGAAAUAUCUGUCCUGCUACAGACCCACGGCCCUUAUGAAGAGGAAUGUUCCCCCGCAGCCACCCUCACUUGUUUGGAGGAAUGCUGGACUUCCCCUCGCAAUCUUAUCUUAGCGUCAAACAGCCACAGCCUUGGAGAAGCACCCACUGAAACUUUACGAGAAGAGAAGAGUGUUGAUAGGAUGGGCAAAGAGGAGGGCCAUUCUUCCAAUAAGAUAUGUGAGAAAGCUGAAGUGAAAUCAAAGAAACAGCCGUGCUCAGAUAUAAACAGAUCUGAGAAUACUGAAUUAACAACAUGUUCAAUGGAAGAAAGAAUAGAGCCAUGUCAAUCUAAAACGCCAGAUCAGGUGCUUUUGCUUCUGCCUGCUGUGGCAACAUACAGUGUAGAGAGAGAUCAUGUAAAUGAACAUACUGAAUGUACUUCACUGAUUCAGGAAAUGAAUGUAGGAUUUCCGCCCACUGCAAUGGUUGAGAGUUUAGAGAAGGGUGACCUAAAAAUACAGCAAGAAUGCACUCCUUCUACAGUAGAGGAAAGCCGUGAACUCCACAAUGUUAGUUCAAACACAGGUUUUAGAAGCGGUGAAGAGGAAAGCAAAUUGAAAGAGGUAUUGAUUUCUGCUUUAGAUUUAGAAGUUAACCCUUGUAACAAUCUAAAAACACAGAUGAUUUUAGAAGGUGAGAGCACCGAAGCAAGAAAUGAGAGUUUACAGUUUGAGGUGGAGACAGAAAAGAGAAAUCCAGUAAAAGUAGAGGAGUUAGAUGAGUCGAAGAGCCUCUCAGUAACACAAAACAAGAAAGGUAAUGCCUAUGUUUUGGAGGAGCACAGUAAUGUUGCACAUCAAGACAACAGUGAGAGACAGCAGGGUUGGCCCUCUGUGAAUAUCCCACAAAUCCAAAUAUCUACAAUUGAAGACACCCCAGAUAUUAAACCAACUGUUGCAGGUGUAAACCCAAAUGAACAUUUUAUAAUCCCAAAAAUUGAAAUAAUGGAGCCUGAGUUCAAAGAGUGCACUCUCCCUCUAACUAUUUUGGCACUAAACAAGCAAGAAUCAGGGCCUGCUACUUUGCAACAACAUGAUGCAACUCAUGUGUCUGAGGUAAUAAUCCAAGACCAGGGUGUGGCUGAUUCUCCAGGCUUGCAGAAUGAUAACAACCUCUUACCUACAGAGAAAGUAAAGGAAGUUACGCAAUUAGAUGACGAGACAAAAAUUAUCAAGCGGGAGCCGCCACGCAUGAAAAGCAGUGAACAGCUCCCUCAGAUGGACUAUGAUUCAAUUCCUGUUAUAAAUGUUUCAUGCACUGAUGACAAGGAGGAUGAUGUAUUCGUAAACACCCAUAUUUCAGAUACACAGCAGCCUUUUGAAAUUCCACCGGUGCCUUUGUUUGUGGUGCCACCGAUCUCUGUCACUUGUCAUGAAAGUGAUUCUGUACUCAGUCUGCCCACUCAAAGUGAGUUGACAGAAACUGAAACUUCAGCUGCCACACAGAGAGGAACAAAGCAUGAUGCUGACAACACUAUGCCUGGAGAAACUCAAAGUACAAAACAGAACGUAGAAGAAAUGGCAGAAAAGAGUAUAAAAGACAAAACUCCUGCUUUGCUAUUUGAAGCUCUAAUAACAAAGUUUGGUGACAAUGUGCCAUCAUUAAGUAAAACAACAGAUGACAACAUUGUCCCUGAAGUCUUGAAGACAAAAUCCCUUAAAGAGGCCAAGAUAGAGAAUUCUGUGUCUGUUGAGGACCUCCAAAGAAACAGAUCAUCUGUUGAGAGACUUUGCGCUAAACCGCCGGCCCAUCCAUCACUGAGUCCAGCCAGUCUCCGCAAAUUCAUGUCCAAAGCUGCUGCAGACUCCGACGUAGGCCUAAUCGCUGUGGGUGACCGUCAGAAUGAAAAAGCAGACGAAACUCUGAGUGGAAACUCAACACCAACAUCAUCCCUCUCCCGUGAGAGCAGUCCCCGUCUGAAGCGCAGAGACAGUCUGUCGCUGAUACGCUCUGCCACACCUGAGGAGUUGGCCUCCGGAGCUCGUCGCAAAAUCUUCAUCCCAAAAACUAAAGAAGAUGGAGAGGGAGCAGUGGUUGGUGCACUAGAUACUCAAGGCAAGAAGGAGACCCCCUACAUGUCACCCAGUCAGGCUCGCAGAGCAGCAUUACUACAAGCCCCCACGGGACAAAAUACCCCACCAAUGGAGAGGCGCUCUCCGCUGCUAAGCCGCAGAAAGGUCACCUUGGAGGUUCCAAAAGUCACAGAGGAGACUCCCACAGAAGAGCCAGUCAGCACCAAACAAGAGGAGAAACCAGCUGAAAAGGAGCUAAACCCUUUGAAAGUUUUCCCAAAAGCUAAAGACGAUGGAGAGGGAGCAGUGGUUGGUGCGCUAGAUACUCAAGGCAAGAAGGAGACCCCCUACAUGUCACCCAGUCAGGCUCGCAGAGCAGCAUUACUACAAGCCCCCACGGGACAAAAUACCCCACCAAUGGAGAGGCGCUCUCCGCUGCUAAGCCGCAGAAAGGCCACCUUGGAGGUUCCAAAAGUCACAGAGGAGACUCCCACAGAAGAGCCAGUCAGCACCAAACAAGAGGAGAAACCAGCUGAAAAGAAGCUAGACCCUUUGAAAGUUUUCCCAAAAACUAAAGAAGAUGGAGAGGGAGCAGUGGUUGGUGCGCUAGAUACUCAAGGUAAGAAGGAGACCCCCUACAUGUCACCCAGUCAGGCUCGCAGAGCAGCAUUACUACAAGCCCCCACGGGACAAAAUACCCCACCAAUGGAGAGGCGCUCUCCGCUGCUAAGCCGCAGAAAGGCCACCUUGGAGGUUCCAAAAGUCACAGAGGAGACUCCCACAGAAGAGCCAGUCAGCACCAAACAAGAGGAGAAACCAGCUGAAAAGAAGCUAGACCCUUUGAAAGCUCCACAGGUCAUCCGUAAGAUCAGGGGAGAGCCGUUCCCAGAUGCCUCCGGACACCUGAAGCUGUGGUGCCAGUUCUUCAACGUGCUCAGUGACUCCACCAUUAAGUGGUACAGAGAUGAGGAGGAAAUUCUAGAGGUGAAGAGAAGUGGAGGAGAUGAAAGCCAAGUAGCACUGGCUGUGGUUCUAGCAUCCAGCUAUGACUGUGGAGUAUAUGGCUGUACGAUCAAUAACGAAUAUGGGACUGACACCACUGACUUCCUGCUCAGCGUAGACGUUCUGUCUGAGAUACUACUAAAAGAUGAUUUGGAAGUUGGAGAGGAGAUCGAGAUGACCCCGCUGCUGUUCAGUAAAGGCCUGGCCGACUGUGGCAGCUGGGGUGAAAAGUACUUUGGCCGCAUCAUGACAGAGACGGUGCAGCUCGGGGAGGGCUGCGCUCACAAAGCCAGCAGAGUGAAGGUCAUUUACGGCCUGGAUCCCGUCUUUGAGUCUGGAAGCGCCUGCAUCAUCAAAGUUCAAAGCCCCAUCCCUUACGGGACCACACAGGAGAGCAACCUCACAGAGAGAAAUCUACAGAUAACUAAGCAAGAAUGCAAAGUCCAAAACAUGAUUCGAGAAUACUGUAAAAUCUUUUCGGCUGAAGCAAGAGUUAUUGAGAGCUUUGGCUUUUCGCUAGAAGUGAUACCUCAGUAUCUGAUGUACCGGCCUGCAAACUCUGUGCCAUAUGCUACAGUGGAGGCUGAUCUUAAGGGUGUCUUCUUUAAGUACUGUAUGAUGGAUGCUAAAGGCAGGCUGAUUACACGAACCAUGUCGGAGGUGGAGCAGAAAUGCAGCACCUUCCAGCAUUGGAUCCAUCAGUGGACGCAUGGCAAUUUGCUGGUCACUCGGCUGGAGGGUGUUGAAACAAAGAUUACAAAUGUUAGAGUUGUGACCAAGUCAAAAGGAUACCAAGGACUAACAGAACAUGGCUCUCCUGAAGUGUUCGAACAGUUUCUGACACACCAUCAGUGCAACUACUACUGUGGACUUCUUGGCCUGCGCUCACUUAAAACUAUGGAUAGUCUGCAGCAACCCACCAAGAUGAAGGGCUCCAAGAGCCCCCUGCUCAACCGCAAGUUGGGCUCUAACAGCCCACAGCUGCAGCGGAAAGGACACAGCCCUCAGAUGUCUAGAAAGGCUUCUUCUAGCCCAAAGGUGACUAGAAAAGUUCAGGAGACAGAGGACAAUAAAUCAGGUGCCAAACCCAAACCUGCAGAAAUUGUUGAUGUUCUUGAAAUGAGGUAGGAAGAAGCACCUCAACUGUGCCAAGCACAAUUUUAUUGCUUUUAAUGGUUUAGUAUUACCUGUUUCUUUCCAGUUACCAAAACCAGCAAGGUCUUGAAGAGCGAGAUAAUAAGAAAAGGAAUAGUUUGUUGACCUGACUUGUCAUAAAGAAUUACUGUGAACUUCUCAGUCGCCAUUACAAUUACAGUAGGAGACAUCCGUCCUCCAGCUACUGUACUUGAAAGGCUUAUAUUAAAUGCCAAACAGCAAAGCAUGUGUUUUUAACUUUAACGUGUGAAAAGUAAAACUGGGUCACACAGAGUUGACAUAACAUUAUUAAAUAGUUUGAAACACUUGCCUCAGAGUCUUACAGUAUCAGCUCUAUGAGUGGACAAACAACUCUAAGAGCAAUUGUGCUCGAAACGUCACCUAUAGGUGCAAUAAAUAAGUGGAUAUUGGAGCACUGCAGUGUGCGAGCUAUUUAUUUCUGUACUACUGGACAAACACCUUUCUAAGCAAUACCUGUCAACUCAAAAUCAUCAUCAUUGAAAAAUCAACUGUAGGCCUACUUCACACUGUGAAAUAUGCAGUGACGUUUUGCUUUUUCCUUUUAAAUGAAGAGAUGUCAACAUUUUCAUGGUUUGAUUUCAAGAGUUAGGGAGAAUAAAACCACAGCCACAGAGGGGGUUGAGGAAAUGUGUCCAUAUUAAACACUUCAAGUUCAUCUGUGAUGUACAGUAUGUGUGUAGGACAUCAUUUUAGAGACGUUAUAUAUGGCUUGCAUUAGAAAUGCAGCAUUACAGGAAUUACAGAACCAUUUUUAGAUGUUUGUGUGUUUUUGGUUACUAGUUUUUGAGUACUUUGUAUCUGUUGUGUCUGUAAUCAGUCCUCUCCUAGUAUUUCAGAACUAUGCUGGUGAAUGCAAAGCAGUGUGCAGUAAGGGGCUUACCAGUAAAGUCUUUAACUAUGGUAUGCUCAUGCUCAUUGACAUGCAAACACACGAGCGAUGAGGAAAGCUGAUGAAUGAGUACCACACCGUAAUUUGGAUCUGACCUAUGGACUCUGGGUCGAAUAAAAGCACACUGAACAAAAUAACCAAAAGAGCAGACUCAUGACUUUCAGAAGCCUAUUGAUCACUAAGUAAGGCUCCGUGAAUGACAUCUGUAAAGUUGUACAGCAUCUGACAAUCCCCUUUGCUGAACAAGAGAGCUGUGAGUGUUGCUUGUGUACAGUUGGUCAGCAGAAUAAGAAUCAGAAUGAAAAAGUAUUCAGUUAUCUCAUUAGUUUCAACAGGUAUUCAUGAUUAAA